CCAGCUGGGGACAGCCUAUGUGAGCGCAACCACAGGGGCGGAUGUCACAGCGCUGGGGCUCAAAUCUCUCACCAAGCACCUGCCAGCCAUCAUCGGCCGGUACGUGCCUUUUGCGGCCGUGGCUGCUGCCAACUGCAUCAACAUCCCGCUGAUGAGGCAGAGAGAGCUCAAGCUGGGGAUCCCCGUCACGGAUGAGAAUGGAAACCGCCUGGGCGAGUCCACGGCCGCAGCCCAGAAGGCCAUUUUCCAGGUGGUGGUGUCCCGCAUUGGCAUGGCAGCCCCGGCCAUGGCCAUCCCCCCUGUGAUCAUGAACGCGCUGGAGAAGAGAGCUUUCCUGAAGCGGUACCCGUACCUGAACGCUCCGCUGCAGGUCGGCCUGGUGGGACUCUGCUUGGUGUUCGCGACCCCACUGUGCUGCGCACUCUUCCCGCAGAAGAGCUCGAUGCCCGUGAGCCGCCUGGAGCCUGAAGUCCAA